AAACCAACCUUCGGAGGUGCAUCGCAGUACACCACAACACGAAGCAGACUCUUCGCCAAUUUCUAGAAACUUCACUUCUUUUCUUGGCUCUUGACAAUGUCAGGUUGGGGCUCUUGGCUUGGUGGCGCUGACGCGGAAGCGGACGCAAAGCCCAACUUCAGGGCGGUGACGGACCGUCCUCAGGAUGAGCUCUACGGCCAGCUUGAGCCGGCCGACCUGGAAUGGGCGUGCGCCGGCGGCUUCGCGACCGAGACGCAGGUUUGGUACACUGUGCUCGAAGAUGGUGCUCUGGCGUCGAGCCAGAUUAUUCACUCUUCCAUCGGCCUGUGGUACCCGCAGAUCCAAAUCACGUUCAAGUACUUCAACCCAAAGACAGGCCAGAAGGUGUGGAAGUCGACGGCUGUCACGCACUUUGUCACGCCUCCCGGCCAAGGCGUGGGACGGGACAAGUCCAAGAGCUACGACAAGCGGUCGUGCAAGGCCGACCAGUUCACCGUCCUCUUCGACGAGCACCCUGAUGGAUCCGAGAGCUACACCAUCGAUGCCAACAUGGACACGGAUCUGCAGUUGUCGUACACCUACACCCGCCCCGCUUCGUGCCCUGGGUGGAAGCUGGGAAGCGGACCAGAGGGCAGCAAGUCGUACUUUGGCACCAACACUGCGUCGCCCGACGGCUACGUGCUCCACAAGUUCUGGCCCCGCGUGACGACGUCUGGUCACAUCAUCUACAAGGGCCAGGCAAUCGAUGCAAAGGGUACCGGCGUCUUUAUCCGAGCCAUUCAGGGCAUGCGACCGAACCUGGUAGCCUCGCGCUGGAACUUUGCCAACUUCCAAAGCAUCGGCCACGGUGACGAGUCGCAGAAGACGGCUGCCAUCAUGAUGGAGUUCACCACCACGAGCGAUUACGGGGGUCCGCUGGGCAGCAAGAAGGACAAGGAUGAGCAGGGCAAUCAGGUGAACAAGCGUGAGACGAUGACGGUCAACAUUGGCAGUGUCAUCGUCGGCGACGAGCUCGUGGCUGUCACUGGCUCGACUCGCAAGGGCAACGAUGAGGGCAGCAGCUCAAGUGUCAAGCACCUCAACACCACAUUCGACCCAGACACGGGUUAUCAAGCGCCAGGAGGCCUGGAGUUCGCCUGGUCUGGUCCGCUCCUCGAGGGGACAGGCGGUGCGCUGAAGCCCGUCAACGGGACCAGCGACGUCGUUAAUGCCAAGCUCACGGUUGACCUCGGCAAGCCCCACCCGGCGAGCGAGAGCAAGGGUCUCGUGGAAAAGGUUGAUGUUCUGGGCGAGAUUCCGUACAUGGUCCGCAAGGUCGUCAACUACGUUGCUGGAACAAAGCCGUACGUCUACCAGAACCUCAACCCUGCCACGCUCAGCGUCCAGCUGCCGGAGUCAUACAAGGGCGAGGGAUCUAAGUCGUUUGAGUCAAAGGGAACCGUCUUCACCGAGGCCACCUUUAUCUCGGAGCCCUGAUUGUUCUCUCUUAAUAUUUGCUGCUCUCGACACAAAUCUCCGUUACCAAAUAUUGACGAUUACUACAACCUCUGCUCUAGUUUUGGCAUGUGCGUGAGAUCUUUCCCUUAAGUGUUUCAGAAGUUGUCGUGUAUUCCUCACCCCAUUGUGAUGGACAUGGAUUGGGAUUUCCUCGUAACCCCUGCUCGACUCAAUCACAGUCCUCUCGAG